AUGAGUGGCCCGGGAGAAAACCGCUGGCGGCGGCAGGGUCAAGCCAACCGCAACUCCAACUCGGGCGCAAACACCCCCACCAAGGACAAUGCAGGCCGGCAGCAGGCCAUGCCAGCGCCCACGGGGAACGUAUGGGGAGCCAAGCAGGGGAAAGGACCAGGUCCCGCGGCUGCACCAGCUCAAGCGCAGCCCGACCAGCACGUACCUGUGAAGGAGUUCAAUGCGAACGAGGUCAGGGAUUUCCUCAAGAAGAAAUACCUUGAGAGCACAGCCAACCAACCCUCAGUAUACCACAAGGUCCCCGGCGACUCUGUUCCGACCCGAAGCACUGGCGCAUGGGGCAAAGGAGGCACCAUGACACACCUCAUGCCGACCGGCCAGGACUUCUUCACACAGCUGAAGAAGCAGAUCGCCAGUCUCGAGCAGACCAAACCCGCGCAAUAA